AUGCCACCGUCUUUCUCGCAGGGCCUAAUAGAGCAACCCGCCUCUGAGGUUGUCGCGGACUCGGAGCCCGAGAGGGAGGAGCUCAGGCGGAAAGAGAAGGACAACAAGAAAAGGCGAAAACACAAACACUUUUUGUCUGAGCCUCCAGUGGUCAUCGAGCUGACCGACAGUGACGAUCGCCCAGCACCGCGAGAUAGACCCCUCACGAAUAACGUCAUUGACCUGACAGAUAAGAAGAUGAAUAUAGCAGUGCCGUCCGCCGGAAAUUACAGGGUUUAUACCAGGGAUAGAGCAUCGAAGACGCCCAGGACCGCCGUAAGCUUUCCUGUAGAGCCUGAAGUUUAUUCAAGCGAAACAUCCUGGCCAUCUUUCCGCGAUAUAUUGAACAAGGGAUUGCUAAAUUUUGGCAGCCCCACAGAUCAACAUGGGCCCCCUUCGUCUUCUUAUCAACGAGAUAUCGACAAGCUAACUGAAUGUAGCGGCUCCGAUGAUACCAACGCCCCGUCACUCAAUUUAAAGCAUUUUGCAUAUUCUAGGCCGCCCAUGGUUUCCCGAGCCGUUACAUCCACUGCUUCGACGUCUCGCUCAAAUUCUGUCGUUAGUACAGAGCAAGCUAAGCGACCCCUCAAAAAAGCCGCUCGUGUAAUGAUUCACCCGUUCACGGCAGAAUUCUCCGAGAUCGACUUGGGCGCGCUUCGUAAGUGUAUCUGCUGUGAGCUCGCGUGGACCGCUAGGAAGACUCUCGCGCAAAAGCUAAAGCAUAUUAAGUCCUGUGCGAAGAGGAAGGCACUAACAGACUCUACUGUAACUAUUCUCAUCCGUGACAUGCUGGCAGCAUCGAGGAUUGAGAAAGAAGCUAGCAAUUGCACAACAAAAAAGCAAGAUCUUCCCAAGACUUUUCUGGAAAAUGUAGUUCAAGAUGAUAACACAAAGCGGAAGGGCAAGCGUCGACAAAUUGUUGCGACUGUUAGACAUGUUACCGAGACACGCAAGGAUAUCCUUGGUCGCGCUCGAGAGCUGAUCAGCACUUCUGAGGCAAGCACGUCGAAUCGUGAUGUCGGGACCUGUACAGCUGUUGGCGAACUCCCCCCCUCCACACAGACUUUCGGCCAGAGUGUUCUGGCGAAACACCAUAAUUUCGGUUCCAUUGUCUUUCCAGCCACCCAAUUUUCUGCACCUAGCAAGUUAGCAAUGGCCAUUAAUGUCAAUCCUGAGAAUGACGAUCUGCUCCCUGUAACGCAGGUAUUCGCGCCAAGCAGAUUGGUCUCAAAUGAAGCAGAGACUUCUCUAGGCAAUAGCCUGUUGCAUCACCCGGUUGAUAGCGCAUUGGGCGCUGUAUUUGUGCAUUCAAGCGCAAACGAACUUUCUCCGGAGCUUCCCUCUAGUCGCAAUUCCACCAGAGCUCAAUUUCCUCGAACUUCCGCAGAGACGGAGAUUGAAUCACACAGUCUGCGUACUGCGAACGAUACCGAUGCGCGACCUGUAGAUCACUAUGAUGAUGACAUUACCUAUGAUUUGGAUUGUCAUCAAGAUGUUUGGCAAAAUGAUGAUGCGUACUUGCACUUUGUACCCGAGUAUUUGAUUAGCAGACCCUCUCAAGCCAAUCUCGCGUUCACAUCGCUAGGAACUGCGGCUACUUGCCUUGAUUCGACACAAACUCCUAAUCUUCGAUCUACACCUGCUUCGUCAGAACCGGCGAAGGCAAGAAAACCGCGAUCGAAAAAGAAAACGCACACGACAGAGGAAUGUGUGCAAGGAGAUGAGCGAGAGAUUGCGGAGGCAGAGUUCGAGAGUAGGCUUCAAGAGGCAAUUCUAAAGAACCACACUUUACAUCUCCAGGUUCUGCGUUACGAGCCAGUCCAUUUUGACGUAUUCCUACAGAUCGUAGCGGACGCCGGUCUGGCGCCCAGUCAUAGACAGGGUCAGCUAAAGCUACGGACCCGUAGAUACUUGGAUAAGCAGGCGAUACACUUCUUUGGCGCAGAGCCUACCAAAAGUCGAAUCAGAGCCAGACAUUCGUAG